AUGUCAAUCGUAUCGGUGCUGAUCGUUGUCAGUGUUUUUGUAGCAAGUGAAGGCAACUAUUUUGGGGAUUUAUUCAAAUGCAAUGAUUUUCUGCUAAAGUGUCAGGAAACUGAAAUCAUAAUGGGAAAGUUCAAUAGAAUGACAAAUGAGUUGAAUCGAAACUGCAGCCAGGAAAUUGGGUCCAAGUGGAGCAAUAUCACCCGUUGUGAAUUUGAAGCUACAAAGUGUUUGUUGAACCAGAUAAAUGCAAUGGACGCGAAUUGUGAUAAUAUUGCCGAUAUAAUACAUCUUUAA